CAAUCACAGGUGCAACGCAGCAGUUUGAAUGCUUCACGAAUCAUGGAGCCAAGUGGCACGUUAGUGCUCGUCGCGAUCGUCCUGAUAAUGCUAUUUGCCUUGUUUCGGAAGGACUCCUCUCGCUAUGGCAAGAUGCCUCCCGGCCCGACACCGCUACCUUUGAUAGGUAACCUGCUGAAAAUGAACGGUAAAACGCCACACGAGAGCUUCGUCAAGAUGAGUGAAACCUACGGACCGGUAAUGACGGUGAUGUUCGGGCCGCAGCCUGUCGUGGUUCUGGUAGGGCACGAGGUGGUCCAUGAGGCGCUGGUACAGCAAGGGGAUGCGUUCUCAGGACGAGCCGCCACACCGCUCUUCAUGAAAAUCACCGACAGCUCGGGACUUGCAAUGACUAAUGAAGAAUGCUGGAAGGAGCUCCGGCGGUUUUCAAUGACAACACUAAGGAAUUUUGGGGUUGGAAAACGGAGUAUUGAGGAAUGCAUCCAAGAGGAAGCUGAAAGCCUUGUGAAAGAGUUUCAAAAGUGUGAAGGUUCUCCUUGUGAUCCCAUGUACUUUCUGAGCACUGCUGUGUGUAAUGUCAUCUGUUCAGUUGUAUGCGGAAAGCGUUUUGAAUACCAGGAUCAAAAUUUUAUAGGAUUGGUGUCUGAUAUUAAUGCCAUACUUUAUCAUAUGAGCACUCCUUUAGCACAGUUGUACAAUGUCUUUCCGAAUAUACUAAGAUUCCUGCCUGGACCUCAACACAUUGUUCUUCAGAAGAUAGAAGACUACAAAAAAAAGAUAGCUGCAAUAAUUGAGAAUCACAUGGAGACGGUGACUGCUGGCAGCCCCCGGGAUUUUAUUGAUAGCUACAUCUUGAAAAUGAAGGAGGAUGAUAAUAAUCCAGAUGCACAUUUAAACUGCAAGAACCUGCAUGGAACAGUUUCGAAUCUCCUUAUGGGUGGAACAGAGACGACAAGCACCACACUGCGCUAUGGACUUCUAAUUCUCAUCAAGUACCCCCACAUCCAGGUGAAGAUCCAGCACGAGAUUGACACAGUGAUUGGAAGGGAGCGGUGUCCUGCCUAUGAAGACCGCAAGAAUAUGCCCUAUACAGAUGCUGUGGUACACGAAAUCCAGAGGUUCAUUGAUCUCAUGCCAACAAGUUUACUGCACUCCACCACCAAGGACACAAUCUUUCGAGGUUACACCAUACCUUUGGGUACAACAGUAAUUCCUUUGCUUCACUCUUGCCUAUAUGACAAGAAGUACUGGGAGACUCCCCGCUCCUUCAAUCCAAAUCACUUCCUGGAUGAAAAUGGCUGCUUCAAAACGAAUCCGGCUUUUGUAGCAUUUUCUACAGGAAAGAGAGUGUGCAUAGGAGAGGGCCUGGCCCGCAUGAGCCUGUUCCUGUUUUUCUCAAUUCUCCUACAGAAUUUGUCUUUCUGCUCCACUGGAAACCCUGAAGAAAUUAAUCUUGCUUCAGAUGAAAGUUGCUUUGUUAAAGUCCCGCAACCCUACAAGCUCCUAGUUUGUCCUCGGUAGCUAACAAAGAAUAUAUGAACAGACUAUAUUUUGAGGGCAUAAU